AUGGCAGAGACACUCCCCAUGCCUGAACCAACGACCCCUCCCCUACCCCUUCUUCAAUACAAAGUCCUAUCAUUCGACGUCUACGGCACCCUAAUCGAAUACAAAGCCCACAUCCUAAACGCAUUCCAACCACUUCUCUCCCGCCUACCUUCUUCAUCACCCUAUCUCAACUCGACACCCUUAUCAACCGCAAUACCCGAUUCCGCCAGCGUGGGGUCCAUCGAGUUUCUCAAGCUCUUUCAACGACACGAAGACGCCAUCAAACUCGAAAAACCCGCAAAACGCUUCGACGAGCUUCUACACGAGAUAUGGCGCCGGAUCGCGACGGAGCUUAAUGUCGAGACCAGUGAAGCAGAAAUCCAACGCUUCGGCAGCGAGGAAGUCAUUGCAAGCUGGCCUGCAUUUCAAGGCACCGUGGACGCACUACAGCGAUUGAGCGAGCACUAUAAGCUCGUGGCGCUGUCGAAUAUCGACAAGUUUCCUUGGGCUAUUACGACGUCUAACUCCUCGAGCGGCUUGGGCCAAGUCGACUGGUGGAAAGUCUUUACGGCAGAGGAUUACGGAGAUGAUGAUGCUACGCGCGCAGACGAGGCCAAAUUGGAGACUUUGAUCGAGUAUUGUGGUCAACAUGGCGUCAGAAAGCAUGAGAUUCUGCAUGUCGCGCAGAGUCUGGGUCAUGAUCAGGUUCCGGCCAAAAGGUUGGGCUUGAGCAGUGUUUGGUUGAUUGGGGAUGGGCCGCGAUGGGGCAAAGAGGCGGAAAGUAAGAUGGCUCUGGAGAAGGGGUUGGUCGGGUAUGCCUGGCGAUAUUGGGAUUUAGCAGAGUUUGCUGAGCUGGUUGGGAAAGCUGCAGAUUCGCGAGCGGGUGAUUGA